AUGCAAAUCUUUGUUAAAACUCUCACUGGUAAGACUAUCACUUUAGAAGUUGAAGGUUCUGAUAAUAUUGAAAAUGUAAAGGCUAAAAUCCAAGAUAAAGAAGGUAUUCCACCAGAUCAACAACGUCUCAUUUUUGCUGGUAAACAAUUAGAAGAUGGUCGUACUCUCUCUGAUUACAAUAUUCAAAAGGAAUCAACUCUUCACUUAGUUUUAAGAUUAAGAGGUGGUAUGCAAAUCUUUGUUAAAACUCUCACUGGUAAAACUAUCACUUUAGAAGUUGAAGGUUCUGAUAAUAUUGAAAAUGUAAAGGCUAAAAUUCAAGAUAAAGAAGGUAUUCCACCAGAUCAACAAAGAUUAAUCUUUGCCGGUAAACAAUUAGAAGAUGGUCGUACUCUUUCUGAUUAUAACAUUCAAAAGGAGUCCACUCUCCAUUUAGUUCUUAGAUUAAGAGGUGGUAUGCAAAUCUUUGUUAAAACUCUCACUGGUAAAACUAUCACCUUGGAGGUUGAAGGAUCUGAUAAUAUUGAAAAUGUUAAAGCCAAAAUUCAAGAUAAAGAAGGUAUUCCACCAGAUCAACAACGUCUCAUUUUUGCUGGUAAACAAUUAGAAGAUGGUCGUACUCUCUCUGAUUACAAUAUUCAAAAAGAAUCAACUCUCCACUUAGUUUUAAGAUUAAGAGGUGGUCUUUAA